CUACAGAUAUUUUUGAUAAAUAUAUUUAUACAUGUGUAUAUACAAAUCUAAUGCGCAUCACGACGCGGCACCGGGGACGUGGAGGGGCGACGCGUAAAGGAAUGUCGCAUCUCUGGGAUGCUUCGGGAACUCGCACAAGCCUCGUGCCCGUGCGGUUCGGGGUACGGUUAAUACCGACUGAAGGGGCGUGGUCUCUCCCUCAAAGAUCACCGCCUCACUGUAGCGCACUGUACAACAAAAACACACACACACACACACACACACACAACGGAACGCACAGCCGUGGCGCGGUCAGCUGGUGCGUCUCUCCGCACGCUUCCACCGGAGGAGACGCGUCGGUCUGCAGGAGGAGGCGCGACCUGAAAUGACUGCUCCCCUGAUCGUGCCUCGCCUCCGCCGCUGAACCCAAAGACGGGAGAGGAGGGGAGUGGAGGAGAAGAAGGAGGGGGGAGAUCGGGGAACGGACGGGACACUCCGGAUCUGUUCUCGGGGAAGUAAGCGCAGCACGGCCGCUCCAUCGGGAUCGCGCCCGCCUUUUACGUAACCGGGCUUUGUGCCGGACCGGCGUCUUUGUGCCGAUGCCGCAGGUGAACAGAGCAGAGUACAAUCACAAGCCCGUCCAUCAACCCGGCAUGAUCGUUGAAGGUGCCGUCUUCAUUCACGAGUGAGUACGUCGGGAUGAACGCGGGUCGCGGGCAGGACGGAGGGGCAAUCGCCGUGGAGGCCGACGUCAUCCUCCACGCCGUGAACCCCGACCUCGUCACACCUUCUGACGACGAUGGGAAUUCAUGCUCCAGUUACGUCCAAGGGUUCCCCGUGGACGACCAGGACUUUAGCCCUCCUCCAUUGUUUGGGAAGGAAUACCUGCUGGAUGAAAUGCUGAUGGAGAACAACCACGUGGACCGUCAGAAAGGUGCCGUCUCGUACGUCUCGAGGGCGGAUCAGUACGGCGUCUCCAAGGGUAACGGAGGCCCGCAACAAAACUGCGCAAGCGGUGACGUCCACAAUGGCGCCAGAGCAAAAGUGUCUUUCAGCCCGGAUUCCCCAGUUUGCCCACCUGAUCGAGCCAAACAGGAAAACGAUUGGUCAGCUCUAAAGUUGAACCCAGAGCGCAGGGGCAGCAGCCAGGAAGCUGUAAAUAAGCAUUCCCAAAACCCGCCUGAUCUAGUCAUCGAAGUCGGCGGGCAGAAGAUCGACGUCCACAAGGCCGUCCUGGCAGAGAAGAGCGACUACUUCAAGGCGCGGCUGUCACGGGACAUCUUGAAAGUGAAGGGCUUGAGCUACAAGACCUUGACCACGUUAAUCGACUACGUUUACACGUCUCAGAUGAAUGUUUGCAAGGGCAAUGUGGUGGAAGUGAUCACAGGGGCCAAGAUCCUCCAGAUGCCCUGUGCCGUCCAGGCGGCCAUGGACUCCAUGUCCGAACAGAUCACCGCGGCGAACUGCUACGAGAUCCUGACCAUCGCCAAAAAGCAGCGACUCAGCGAACUGAAGGAGACCGCCUACGGCUUCAUGAGCGACAACUUCCUCCAGGUCCUCAAAGACCCCGCCGCGUACGGCCGCCUCAACGGAUCUGAGCGGGAUCUGAUCCUGAAGAAGCGAAUGGAGGGGAGGCAGACCCUGAUGGUGGCGGAGAUAAACGACGUGUUCGAUCGCGUCGGGAGCCGGCCGCCGAGCCGCUGCAGCAGCCGCCCGCAGAGCCCUCUGUCGGUCGGCUCUUUGGAGGACAGUCACAUGAUUUACCACUUUAACGAAACCGCAAACGACUGGAGACCUUUGACCGCAAUGCCCGAGGACAUCAACACCAAAGGCUGCGGGAUGUGCACCAUGUACAACUACCUGUUUGUGGCCGGGGGGAUAAAGGGCUACGGGGACAAGGGCAAGGUCUCAGACAAGGUCUUCUGUUUCAACCCGGUAACCAACCGCUGGGCCGAGGUGCGACCCCUGACCCAAGCUCGCGCCCAGCUCAAGCUGGUGUCCAUGGACGGCUACUUGUACGCCAUUGGAGGGGAAUGUUUGUUUACGGUGGAAAAGUACGACCCUCGCAUGGACCGCUGGACCGCCGUGGCCCCCUUGCCCAAGGGAGCCUUCGCGGUGGCCCACGAAGCGACGACCUGCGGCGGCGAGCUGUACGUCUCGGGGGGCUCCCUCUUCUACCGCCUCCUGAAGUACGACGCCAAGCGGGACGAGUGGCAGGAGUGCCCCUACAACAACAGCAGGAAGAAGUCCUCCGACAUGGUGGCCUUCAAAAGCUUCAUCUAUCGCUUCGACGUCAACCGCGAGCACGGGAUCACCGUGGUGAAGUACAACAGCAUCGUGAAGAUGUGGCACGACUGCGCGUCGCAGAGGCUCGGGAGUCAUUUGCCCUUCAGGUGCGCCGUGAUCGGGAACUGCAUCUACUGCGUGAACAAAAGCCAGACUCUUCGGUUCGUGGUGGAGGAGGAGAACGCCUUCUUUGUCGAGGAAACGCUGAGGGCGCCUCUGGAGGCCAAAGGGCUUCUUUUCCCUUUCGUUCUCACUUUGCCUGAAAAGCCUGAGAAAGUGACAUAGAUAGUGUGUGUGUGUGUGUGUGUGUGUGUGUGUGUGUGUGUGUGUGUGCUGUGUGUGGGGGUGUCCAGACAAACAAAAUAACCGCGUAAUCGCAAAACUGGAAUAAGCAGAAGAGCGUAUAAACAUUCUUUAAUGUCAGCUUCUAUCUCGGUGUCUCUUUGCCUGCUUGCGGUGGAAUGUGUGUAUUUGCAUGGCGAUUUAAUGUGUCUGCAGGCUCAAGCCUUAAAAGGAAAAAAUGUUUUUUUUUUAAGAGUUGAAUGAAUGCAAUGCUACUUGUAUCUGACUGUAGAUGACCGUGACUGUAGGUUGUUUUUGUAGUUCGGAUAGAUAUCAUUUAGAGAUUAAUAACUAGUUGACUGGUGACAAGCGUUUUGUUGAAAGUUGUAGAAGCAUAGUGCGCCUUUGAACGAUGCAACGCAGGUUCUAUGCAAAUGAGACCAAAUAGACAGGUGGGUCUGCUGUAAUGCUAUUUAAUAAUUACUAUAAUGGGAAUACGACUUGGAAGGAAAGCAACAGUUCUUCGAUUUAAGGCUGGAACUAAGGAUUUUUUUUGUGAUUAAGCAAUUCAUUAUUUUGUAAACAAAAUGUCAAGAAACUACACAUUUUCUAAUUUACCGUACCCAAAGGAGAUGCAUUCGAGUGUUGUCUUGUUUCAUACAACCAACUGUCCAAAACCCAAAUAUUUUUGCUGUAUUAUUUGAUAAUAUAAGAGAAUAUACACAUUUCUCACAUUUGAGCUGGGAAACAAAUUAUAAUCUGUUAAACUGUUAUUAUCGGGCUAAGCUCAUGUGGAAUUCCAGCUAUCAAGUAAUUAGAAACUGAAGUACACAUAAGUAAAUGUAUUUACUUUUGCAAUCAGUGAAAGCCGUUUUGGUUAUAGUUCAUAUUCUACUCACAGGUGUCACAGGUCCUACAUUUAGCACGCUUGCCAAAGAUAAAUAAUCAAAACCGAUAAAGACUUUUUGCAUCUUCUGUGCAUUAAACCCACAGAUUUGAGUCAUAAAAAGAAAGAAGAUAGGUGUUUUCUUUUAAGAGGAAUGAUAUUGUGUUGCUGCUAACAGGCACUUUCUGGGAUGUUGAGGGAAAGUAAGACAUUUAGAAUAGAUAACGGUGAUAUCUGUAUGUAUUUAUCUCCCUGUAAGUGUUUAAGGAAACAGCCACAGACCCACGUUCAAGUGCCAGCAGGUUCAACCCCACAGUGCAGAAAGGAGGUCAGGGUCAUGACAGUUACUCAAACAAACCGUUUGGUUUUUGCCUUUCACAGUAUUCGUUUGCUUUGCAACAACACAUUGGAAUGGAGGUUACUGGUGAUAAACUCCUGGAAAAAUUUGCUUUUGAUACAUUUUUUUGGGAACGCCAAUGCGACGAGGACAAAGUGGAUGUGGUUUUAAUAUUUCGCUGGCUGGAAACUGUAUUUUUGUGAUUCUUUUUUGGUAUGGAUUUGCUAAAGUGCUGCAAUGUUAGGCUUCCAGUUGAAGGCAUAUGGAGUGGGCUAACAACUAAACUAGCUGUUGGAUAAUGUAUAUCAGUCAGAACUAAGUGCUAAAAAUAAAAAUAUAUUUGUGUCUGAAAAUGA